UUUGUGGGCUCGUUUUGUUCGACCGACCGACAAAAUAAUCGGCAAGUAAGAUGGCGGCGAUUAAUGUGAAAGGCGAAACGUUGUCUUAUUUCCACUUGUAAAUAUUACAAGCCUUAUAUUUAACGAUUAUAAAUGCUAUACUUGUGAAGAAUAAUAAGUCGGAAGUGAAAAUUCAUAGUGAAUGUUGUGUUUAAAGAACGAACAAAGUGGUUAUUCAUUUCACAAUAGACAAAACCCGUUGCAACCAGCACUCAAGGAGUCGAGGCCAUAUUUAUGAUGUUAUCUGUCGUGUGAGCGUCCCCCGAAAACCGCAUUGAUAAAUAUUCGUCGAAAAUUAAGGCGAUGGAGUAUUUUCUACAACUGAAGAUUUAUUUAUAAAUAGAAGAUGAUCUGUAGUACUUGGGUUUAGUGGUAGAAAAAUAAAGUGUGUGAUACAAACUAUGGAUGAAAGUGUGGACUUCUAUUGACAUAUUACAUUGGUGUUAAACAGACAACACGGAGGUGGUAAUGGAUCCAGUAGGACCAUGGUCAGCAUAUGCUUCUUACAAUCGAUUAGCAGGGGUCCAGGCUGGUGCUGCAAGCGGAGACUUUCAUCACCACUUAACCAGUGGUGGUUCUGGAUUAGGCAGCCAGUCUGUGCCAUCAACAACCAGCCAAUUAUUACUUCAAGCAGCACAUACUACAGCAUCAUUAGCUGGACAACUUGGCUCAUCAACGGCAUCUCCCUUCAAUCCUGGUGGCUUUCUAUCCCCACCUGGCUAUGAUGCUAUGUUCUCGCCGCUUUUUCAUCAUGCAAAUCCAAAACCAGCACAUUACAGUUCUUCACUUCAAGCGCAGCACAGACAAGUAAUUGCGCAGGCACAAGCGGCUGUUGCUUCUAAACAAUCUUCAGUGGAAACUGAACUGUCAUCAUUAAGAGAGAAUUACUCUCACCAAACACUAGCUGCACAGGGAACUUCCUUUUUUGACCAGUCAUCAACUCCAGGAAGUACAGCGGGCCUAAGUUGGCAGGGCAAUAACCAAUUGCCAAGUCCCUUUGGAAUAUUACCCCAUGAAAGUGUAGUGCCCUCAUCACCAAGCCCAGCAACUACCAAGGCAUCAGCAACAUAUGAAAAUUUUAAUGCGCAUUUUGCAGCAGCACAGACUAUAAACAACCACUUGAACUCUCAACUUUCCAGUGCAACUAAACAAGCUAAUAGGGCAGCUUCUCCAGCAUCUUCAUCAAAACCAGCAUCUUCAACAUCAUCAUCAACAUUUUUUCAAUCCCCUUCAACAUUUGGGAAUCAGACUGAUAAUUCGUAUAGUACAAGCAGUGCAAAAAGUGGUCAGCUUUCAUCUCAGCAAGAUUACACUGGAAGUAAGUCCUACUCAAGUUCGGCAAGUUCAACUGCUCACUCUCAGCAGUCAUGUAUUGUAUCUACUCCACCUGUAACCUCUUCCCCCACCCCUCCCAGUAAAGAUUACCGUUCUUCCUCCAGUACAAGUUCACGGCCGUCUUCAUCCAUCUAUAAUUCCCAGUCUCCAAAAAACACUAGUAGUAGCGAAAAACCUCGUCAGUCUUCUAGCAGUAGUGGUAGUAAUACAAGUAGCUUUGUUUCGCCUACUUCAAAACCACCACAAGUUCAAACGAAAGCACAAAGUAAAAUCUAUCCUGAACAUUCUAAUGAACAAAGAAAAACUGAAUCAAAUGAUAAGGUGCAACCACAAUCUUCACCAAUCAGUUACUCCAUAAUGGAUGCUCCAGGGAGACUUAGUUAUAGUAGUAGCAGUGCUUCCAAAUCAAAUAGAAUUGGAAAUUCACCUUAUUCAACAUCUCAGGGGUCUAGCUUUAGACAUUAUCAAAGUGGAAAUAAUGUUGAGGCUGAUUAUCAUGUGCGAGCAAAGAGCAGUUCUAGUACAGAUACUGGUUAUUCUAGCAGUAGUUCUCAGAAUGGCCCUGACUGUGGAGUGGUUGUGGCCAGAAGACUAAGCCCAUCCCAAGCACCACCACAAACUUCCCCAUUAGGCCAUGGUUCUAGUCCAGCUUAUCCCUUGUAUCACAGUCCUAUGAAUUCCAUGAACUCACCUCAACAGCAUGGGGAACAUUUCAAAAUUAGUAAUCAAGCACCAAGAUCCCCAUUAGAUGCUUCAGUUGCUAGACCUCCUUCUCAAAAUAGUCAAGUAGCUUACCCUUCUGUUAUAACUAGGGCUUUAGGAAUUGAACAAACCAAAACAUUCUCUGAGAAUAGGUAUGAAAGAAAUCAAACUCAGUCUUCCAGUCAAAAUUGUUGGGAGAAUGAUCGUCAAUCUAAUAGGAAGUUCUCUAGUAGUAAUAGUGGUAAUUUCAACAGUAGUUCUAUAUCUGAAAGUAACACUCAUAAUGAAGAGGCGGCCUCAGCUGCAAGUCAGCGGUCAUUAAGUUUAACUGAAAAACAACAAAAUUAUUUUGAUAGUAACAAUGUAGCCUUACAAGAUCUAUCUAGCUGCCGUGGGGAUCCCAUGACGAUAGUAAAAAAUUUACAGAGUUUACAACAGAGUUGUCAAGUACAAGACUCAAAAACAAAUAAAACCCCUGUUGCUUCAACUCCCUCAACAUCUAGUAAACCUUUAGUACGAAGGAAGAGCACUGAAAAACCAGUGCCUCAUACAAAUAUGAAUGAGUUGUCCAAUGCAGUAAUGGCAGAUUAUUUGGCAAACAGAAUUCCUCCUCCAGCCCAUAGUUCAACUAGUAACCAACAGCAAAACGGAAGUUAUUUCGAUUUCGAAAGGUGGAAUCUUCCACCUCCACCACCGAAGAUGUUCCCCGGUUCCUCGGCAUUUGGUUCACAAGCCCCAUUACACGCCACAAACUUUGCUAAUCAACACCAGGCCCUUGCCAUGCCUCAUAGCCAUGCACUAACAUAUUUCCCUCCCUUUCACCUAGGUCCACAUCCUGACUUCCAAUCCUCUGUGGAGUUAACACCAUUGUCGUCUUUUAGCGAGACUCCACCUUCGGCUUCCUCGUCAUCGUUUUCAACGCCUGAAACACGUGAAGAGGAACAGCCUAAGGUGGUAGUUCCUAAUAUAGAAGAAGAACUUGGUUUCCUUGCAGAACAACGGGCUAAUACUGCAUCGACGGUAGCACCCACUUCUCAGCAGCAGAACCUUAACAGCACUUCACAAGACGCUACUACAAAAAUUAUGGAAAAAAAAUUCAAUGUUCCUGUUACGGGGCCGGGAUCAGGUUUCAUGGCUUCUUAUUUAAAAUUUUUGCAAGGGGAAAGAGAUACCUCACCCCCACCGGCCGGUCGAGGUGCCAGAAAGUCAUCCACGUGGUCGCGAUCGAAUACAAAUAGCAAUAAUAUAAAUAAUAAACCUUACACGCCUAACGAACACAACAAAUGUGAUUCGACUACCCCACAACAAAGUGCUAAUGGCGCGAUGGCGUCAUCUAACGUCAUAAAUGCGGGGAUGACACUUAGUAAUCCGGCCAUGAGUUCAGCGGCGAGCAUGAGCACGGCAGGCAUAUUGGGUGCUAACCAAAUACACGGGGCGGCCAACUUGCUCAACGCCCAGAAAGGCGUCGAGUUGGAUGACCCGCGUUAUUACAAUUUGAAUAAAGAUAGAAAACGAAAAUAUGAUGGAAGCGAGGAGUCUGCUUAUGACGCAGACGAGGAAGCGAGACGGUUGAACAAACCCGUGCUUAACGUGCCUAGUACCCCGCUGAAUGACAAGGGCAAAAAAGGUCGCAGUACCAUGCACAAGCCGACCCCGUCGGCGGUCGUGGCGCCUCAGCCGGCCGCGCCCAAGAAGCCGCGCCCCCCGGCCCCGGCGCCCGUGGCGUCGCUGCAGGCGCCGCAUCAGCAAUACUAUUACCAGCAACAGCCUGACGAAGCUACGCAUGGCGCUAGUUUGGGAUACGGCAUCGGUUAUGGUGCUACAGAAAAUGACAAUAGUGGCGAUAGGAAAUUACAUCACAUUAAAUCGCACCAGCAAAUCUCUAGCACCGGCCAGUUAGAAAAUACAAGACCAGUUGAAGAUAUGCCUUAUCAGCCAGGAGAAUUUGUGGCGAUAAAAAGUGAACUAAACGAAAUGUGGCCCGCAAUUUGGAGAGUUGACGGCAAAACGUUACUACAAAAAUACGAGCCAUUUGAAGAAAACGGAAAGGUUCUUUACAGAAAUAUAUCCACAUAUGCAGCUUGGAAUCCUGAGAAUAAGAAGUUGUACACACAAGUAAAUGUAAAAGUGCGAUCGCAAUCCCACUUGGAGACUGUUGUAGAAUUAGUAAGAAAUGACGCUUCUCUUGACGACUGCAAUUUCAUUGAGAAGAGAAUGCUGGAAACGCAAAUGUAUCAAGAAAACUUCGAAGUGUACAUACAGACUUUAAUAUCACAUGCAUUAGAUCCUAAUUUCCUUACAGAAAUAUUUCAAGAACAAGACGAGUACUUCCUAUCGAACGUGAAGACGGUAGACGAAGUGACAGAACGCAUGCGUUCCCGGGUGUCGUGCGUGGCGGGCGGCGUGGGCGGCGGCGCGGGCGGCGGGGCGCGCGCGCUGGACGCGGCCGUGGGCACGUUCCCGGGGCUCAGCGUGGCGGCGGGCGCGGGCGGCUGCCGCGCCUGCUCGCGGCCCGCCGCGGCGCGCCUGCUGCUCUACGGCCAGCCCUACAACCCGGGCACGCUGGAGCCCGUGCAGCCCGACGCUAGGCUCGCCUAUGAAAAGGAAUUCCUUGUAUGUGGAACUUGCUGCGGUCGCGUGCAACUGUUCUCAAGGAUAUCGCAUCAAAAGUAUCUAAUGUACGCCGAAUGCAGUAAGCGUGUAACGGAGAAACGAAUGCAAAAUCCCAAUAAAGAUACCACGGUUAUAUUAAAUGAGCUGCUUGCAGACGAAUCGUGGUUAUUACAGUUAUUCCGAGACGUGCGGCACUCGUGGGCCGAGGCGGAGUCCUGGGACCGCAAGAUGCGGCACGCGAUGACGCGGCAAAUGAUUUAACGUUAGUGAUAAUCUGCGCCAAACCUAGUGCUUACAAACGAGGACUAUUUCGUUUCUCUUUGAUACCUGUGAAAGUACGUGAUAUACAUGUAUGUAAUUGUUUUUGUAUCUUAUUAUACAAUUGGUAGCAUUUAAAUUGAUACUUUUACAAAUCUGGUACAGGAUCUUAUAGUUAUUAAUAUGGACGCGUUUCUAGUUGUAUUAUUUUUAUUCUCCAUCGAAUUUGUUAUUGGCUGUUACUUAUGGCUGUCAUGUUUUACAGCUCCGGUGCCAUGUAUUCUUUGAUGAUUAGAUGCGUCCUGAUGAAUCGCAAUUUACCUACGUUAAACAAGCACAUACUGUAGCGAAAGGCCUAAUUCUAAUAAAAAUCUGAUGAUUGUAUAAUUGAGAAAAACCAAAAUUCUAAUAAAAAUAAUCAAAUCAAUCUAUGUCGAAUAUGAUAUGUAACAUAGCGGUGAUUAAACUUUUCUAUUGUUUGUAUCUUGAAAAUAAUUUCUAUAUUUUAUAUUUGUGCAAAGUUUGGAACAUCGGUUACGUAUUAUUUCAAUUGAUCAAAAUUAUUGUUUUUAGUAUCACAAUCCCGCAUUUAUAAACUGCACAGCGAUUAUUUUGAUAGGAUUUCACACUUGCAAAAAAACCUGUAUUCUUUUGUUUGUGGCGCUAAAAUUGCGCGGGCAUGCCUGUUUUCUUUUGUAGGUGGUUCAUAAUAGUUCAUAAUAAUUUUUCCGAAAUGCAGAGACACCAUUUA